CACUUCUAAAGACCCUCUAAAGAGCGAACUUUGUAAUCCACCAUGCCCCUCAAGCAACUCAUUUUCACUCCUCAAGAUAUUCAAGAUUCUAGCGAGCGCCCAAUAACGAUGGUGCUGUUGGUGGACGAAGACAUGUAUGAAAAGCAAAAAAAGGACAAGUCUAUUCCAAUGGUGAAUGUUGUCGACUCGUUCCAAGUAUUCAAGUACGAAAAGCCUGGUAGUUCAGGGCGUUUGGCCAAACCGACGAAAGAAGAGAUCGAAGGAACGUUUGGAACGUCGAAGGAAGAAGAUGUUGUUUUGUUCAUGUUAGAAAACGGUACAUUACACGGGAAAAUGGUUUUGGAACAUGACGCUCGGAACUCGUACCCCGGUAAAUGGGAAUCUCGUUCUCACUAGUAGUGGUAAUCCCAUACGCUCUGACAAUUUGAACGGGAUUACUGACAUCUAAGGAAGAUUGCUGUAACGUAAUUAUUAUUUAAACUUUGCGAAUACCCC